CUGUGCUGCCAGGUAAGGUGUAUGGGGAGUACAACCAUGAUACAGGAAACCUCACCUGGGAGCAAAGAGGGAAGGUGGAGUCAGGGACAUGUAGCACCAGUCUCGGCAGAGAGAGGGAAGUGGCUAAUAGUGUAGCGCAUAUAAUGGAAAAACACAUCAACAAUGGUUGUAAUUGAAGAAAGGUGCUUUGUGAGCAAUACGGCAUCUGCUUGCCAUUCACCAUGCUGAGGAGUGCUUGAUCCAAUCACUGCAGCACACACGGUGAACCUUCUACAAAAAGUCAUCAUUAUCAUGGCCAAGGAAAAUGCAGAAUUGGGCCUCACAUGGGAGGUGAGGGCCAACCAGCGUCACUACCACAAACACCAGCAGAAGAAAUCCUUCCUGUGCUUCCACUGGGGACGAUCCUCGGACAACCUGGUGCGCAGCUAUAAAUACUCAGUGCUGACUUUCCUGCCCCUGACACUGUUCGAACAGUUCCAGCAAGCGGCCAAUCUCUACUUCCUCUUCAUGUUGGUGUUGCAGUGUGUUCCUCUCAUCUCCUCCAUCCCGUGGUACAUCUCUAUCAUGCCUCUGUUCAUCAUUCUCUCCGUGCGAGGCACAAAGGACCUCAUCAAUGACAGGGCAAGAAGACGCAGUGACUCUGCGAUCAACUCCCGACCCUGCGAUAUGCUCGUCUCCCAGAGUUUCAGCACAACACAAUGGAAGGAUUUGUGUGUGGGAGAUAUUGUACGCAUCCGCAAAGACCAAAUCAUCCCUGCAGACAUCCUGCUCCUGUGCAGUUCAGACCAUCACAGUUUAUGUUAUGUGGAGACAGCUGAUAUUGACGGCGAGACUAACCUGAAGUACCGUCAGGCUCUCAGUGAAACACACCAUGUCUUGACCUCUGACCCUGCAGAAGCGACACUUGCUAAUUUUGAUGGUGUCAUUUUCUGCGAGGAGCCCAGCGAUCACUUGUACACCUUCAGAGGACAGCUGCACUGGCAGGGACAAUGUCUCCUACUGGACUAUGAGCAUAUUCUGUUGAGAGGGACUGUGCUACGGAACACCCUGUUUGCUUACGGCGUGGUCAUAUAUACAGGCGCUGACACAAAGAUCCUGAGGAACUGCGGGAAACUGCGGGUGAAGGCAAGUCGGCUGGGAAAACUUCUCAACAGGGCAGUGAUAGGGAUAGUUGUGACUUUGCUCCUGACUGGACUUCUUCUGGCCAUCGGCAGUGGUGUGUUCGCGAGCCGGGUCAUGACCCACACAGAGGUUCUGUCUUCUCUGGUUAUCAAUGGCAACCCGGCCUACAAUGGCUUUCUAGUCUUCUGGAGCUACAUGAUCCUGCUCAGCCCGGCUAUGCCACUUGCACUCUUCAUCACGUUUGAGAUGAUCCACACGAUCCAUAGCAAGUUUAUCGGUUGGGAUUUGGAGAUGUACUGGCCUGAGACAGACCGCCCAGCACAAGCCCGCAACACCUCCUUAUGUGAGGAGCUGGGCCAGGUGGAAUACCUGUUGAGUGACAAGACUGGGACCCUGACCCAAAAUCGUCUGCUCUUCCGUCAGUGCUGCAUAGCUGGGGAGAUUUAUGGUGAUGCAUCAGUAAGGGCCAAGGACACAGAGCCUAUGGACCUGAGCUGGAAUCCUUUCUCACGUGGAGGUCUGUUCAUGUGGGCUCCUACCCUGGUGGGGCGUCUCCGAGCACAGCAGUGUGAGACCAUAAGACAAUUCUUCACAGCGCUGACUGUGUGUCAUACUGUCAUGGCUGAAUGGAAGGAGGACGUUCCAGUUUACCAAGUGGCAUCUCCAGACGAGGAAGCUCUUGUUGGUGCUGCCAGGGAGUUAGGCUGGGUCUUCCUGUCCAGAACCAGAGACGCCAUCGUCGUCUCCGAGCUGGGAGUGACUCGUCAUUAUAAGCUGCUUGCAUUACUUGACUUCACCAGCCAGAGGAGGCGGAUGUCUGUACUGGUCCAGGAACCAGAGGGCGGUUUAAAACUUUACUGCAAGGGAGCUGAUAUAGUGAUACUGGAGAGGCUACAAAAGGAUUGUCCACAUCAGGAGAUGACUGAACAAGCCUUGGAGCUGUUUUCCCAGGCCUGUCUGAGGACUUUGUGUAUCGCGGUUCGAUCAGUUGCUGAAGCAUCCUGGGAGCAGUGGCGUAUAACUCUGGCCAGGGCUGUUGCCAUGGCGAACUGUGACCGUGACGCUCUGCUGGAGAAGCUUUAUGAUGAGAUGGAGCAAGAGCUGCAGCUUCUGGGAGUUACAGGCAUAGAGGACCGACUCCAAGAGGGCGUUCCAGAGACGAUUGCUAUGCUUGCACAGGCUGGGAUUAAAGUAUGGGUGCUAACCGGGGACAAAAAAGAGACAGCAGUCAACAUUGGCUAUUCUUGUAAACUACUGGAUCCUGAUACAAGAUUAAUAGAAUGGCAGGAGUUGAGACACAUCCUGCAGUCCCCAGACCCCGAAGUUAGUUUCCAAAAGACCCAAGAGGCUCAGCUGUGGGCUGUUGAAAAGGACAAAGCCAGAGCAAAGACAGCGAUGGUCCUGACUGGUCCUGAACUGACAGAGUUUGACCAGCAACCACAAUGGGGGUCCACGUUCAUGAGCCUGGCCAAACAGUGUCAGUCAGUGUUGUGUUGCCGGGUGACACCUGGACAGAAGGCCAACAUUGUCACUUUGGUCCGGAACCACACCAGAUCAAUUACACUGUCCAUCGGAGAUGGCACCAAUGAUGUCAACAUGAUCAAGACAGCUCACGUUGGUGUGGGUUUGACAGGAGUGGAGGGAGGCCAAGCUGUGCAAAACGCAGACUUUGCCUUGUCCCAGUUCAGGUUCUUGCAGAGGCUACUGCUGAUCCAUGGGCGCUGGUCUUAUCGACGCAUCUCCCUCUUCUUGCGUUACUUCUUGUUUAAGACCUGUAGCUUUGCGCUUGUGCACGUAUGGUUUGGCAUCUUCAACGGCUUCAGUGCUCAGUCAUUAUAUGAGACAUGGUUUAUUGGUUUGUACACAGUCUUCUACACCGGAUCCCAGGUUCUGUUAGUGGCCUUCUUUGAAAAGGAUGUGAGUGCUGAAAACAGCCUAAAAUGGCCAGAGAUCUACAAAUCUGGACAGAGGCAGGAGCUUUUCAGUCCUCUGGUCAUAUUUGCCUCUCUAGUUUAUGCCGUCUACGCUUCAUUUGUUUUCUUCUUCAUCCCAUGUGGAGUUUAUUUCAACACGGCUUUUGACUACCAGACCAUGGCAGUCACUGUGUCCAUGGCAGCAACAUUUACUGCCACCAUUGAGAGUGUGUUGAUGAGUAGGCACUGGACAAAGUACAACAUUGGAGCCGUGUGCUAUUCUCUGCUCAUGUUCUUUACCUGCACCAAGAUCACACAAAGCAAGUUCCUGUUUGAGCAAGCACCUCUGGACUACCUGUUUUUCGGCGCGUCCGAUGAGGCCUUCAGUGAUCCAGUCGUAUGGCUCACAGCUCUGCUCACAGCUUGGACAGCUGUGUUGCCUUCAGUGACUUUCCAGGCAGUCUGUGUCAUACGCCCCAACCCUGACAAACAUAGGGUCCACAGCAGGACUACUCAGCCGGUAGAACUGAAAUCAAAAUUGAAAAGAGGAUCCUCUCUCCGCCGUUCCUCAUUUGCUGUUUCUCAAGGACCCGUGCCUGAACGCCUCAUCUCCUCAGGCAUUCGAAACACAGUCAUGGAUACAUAGUCAUAGGCUUAAAGCCAAAAAGGGCCUACACAAUGAACUUGUGAUGAACUUGUUACUCACAAGAAGAAAUGAAGACAAAUAUUUCAACCAUUUUGAGCAACAGUUUGCCUAUAGAACUUGCAUGCAUUGCCAUCUGUUUAAAAAUACUGUCUUUUGUCAGCAUUGUACAGGCAUCCCUCGCUACAUCAUAGUUCGAACAUCACUCCGUCACUCUUAUUGCAGUUUUUCAAACAUUAAUUAAUGGCUGCUCUUUUGUGGUUGACUAUGGGGUAAUAUUAGUCAGAAUAUAUGCAUGUUUAAGCACAUUACAUAUAUUCUUUGACAAUUAAGCAUCACUAAGCACAAAAAUGGCUAAAUGUAGAACCAAUUAAGUGUGAUAAACAAGAGAUUGCUGUACUCCUUUAUUCAUAUUGAGUAAUAAGGCCACACUCAAGUCCGGCAUAGGUGUAAUAAUCCAGUUUUGAUUCCAACUUGAGUCUGUGAUAUUCAGUCCAGCUCAACACAUACUUUUGAGCCAUUUUGAGGCAAAUUGUUAAAACUAUACUUGUAUAAAUGCAAUAUUAUGGCCCUCCAUACUAUCCCUAAAAUAUUUUUCCUGUGUCAUUGUUCUGUGUGACCAACACAGACCUGUGAAGUUGCCUCGUCCUGUUGUGUUGAAAGUAAUUACUAAGUACUUUUAAUGUCACACCAGACACUGUCACUGCCCUCAUCUUAAUUACGCCAUCGUGGGAUGCUGCGUGUUGUGUGAAUGCACAUUUCUGUUAAUCCGUAAUAGCUGGAUUCUGUGUGAAAUGCACAAUAAAUUGGCUUCAAUGCGCCAGUUUUGCCAGGUGUAUGUGAAAGAGACUUUUAUUGUUUAUGAAACUAAUUACCAGAUUCACCCGAAUGUAAGACUAUUCCAUAUAAGACAACCACUCUUUUUCCAGACCUAUUUUUUGUUCAAUGUUGGUGAAUAACUGAUAGUUGGCCCACUGUGAUGACUUUCCUUCAUUGAUUACGAUUAACUUAAAAUUAGCUUUAUAACUAGUCCUUUGUUGUUUGUUAACUUGCACUACUAACAACCUAACAACCCUUGACACACUGUGUGUGUGUGUGUGUGUGUGUGUGUGUGUGUGUGUGUGUGUGUGUGUGCAUGUGCGUGAAUGACUGAAAGAAAAGCUCUGACUUGCUUCAGGAGAAUGAAUUUUAAACCUGUUAACCCCACAACCACCACCACUAAAAAUAUAUAUAUUUGUGUCAAUACAGUAGAUAUUUCAUUACAUUCUUGUAAUUCUGGCUUUUCUCAAAGUUGACUGUCUUCUUAAAACCAACUCUUUCCGCCUUUUGCUGAGGUCAGAGGGCAUUCCUCUAACAUCAAUACAAGCACAACAAACCACAAAAAAAGUUUUUUGUGUUUUUACAAUUGUUUUAUUUUGUUAAUUUAUUUCAAAACACGCAAUUUUUACCCAUGUUAUCCUUUGUCAGAUUUUAUUUUUCUGUAACAGUUAUUACUCAGAUUUUUUUCCAUUCAUUUCUAAAAAGUCUCAGCUAGAGUGGAACUAAAAAGUCUUCCACAGGCU